AUGCCGGGGGAGGAGGAGGAGGACGCUGAGUCGGGGGUCGGGGGGGCGGCGGCUGCCGCCCCCUCCCCAACAGCCGAGGAGGGGGACACUCGCCAGCGCUACGAGGAGCUCUGCAGCAGCCUUAAUAUGGACGAGCGCGCCCGCUCCGAGGCCUGGCUUAGCUACCAAAGCAUGAAGCUCAACUACACUCUAGAGGGAAAUGAUCUGCAUUGGCUAGCAUGUGCCUUGUACGUGGCCUGUAGAAAAGCAGUUCCGACUGUGAGCAGAGGGACAGCGGAGGGAAAUUACGUAUCUUUAACCAGGAUUUUGCGCUGUUCAGAACAAAGCUUGAUAGAGUUUUUUAACAAGAUGAAGAAGUGGGAAGACAUGGCAAAUCUACCCUCCCAAUUCAGGGAACGAACUGAGAGAUUAGAGAGAAACUUUACUGUUUCUGCAGUAAUUUUUAAGAAGUAUGAGCCCAUUUUUCAAGACAUGUUCAGAUACCCCCAAGAAGAUCAACCUCGUCAACAGAGAGGAAGAAAACAGAGGCGACAGCCAUGUACUGUGAGUGAUGUUUUCCAGUUCUGUUGGGUGCUGUUUGUUCAUGCAAAAGGUAAUUUUCCUAUGAUCAGUGAUGACUUGGUCAAUUCCUACCAUCUCUUGUUAUGUGCUUUGGAUCUUGUGUAUGGAAAUGCUCUCCAAUGUCCUAACCGCAAAGAACUUCUGAAUCCUAAUUUUAAAGGUCUACCUGAAGACUUUCAUACUAAGGAUUACAAAGUGUCAUCUGAUCCUCCCUGCAUCAUUGAAAAACUGUGUUCUUUGCAUUACGGAUUAGUUUUAGAAGCAAAAGGCAUCAAGGAACAUUUUUGGAAGCCAUAUAUUCGGAAACUUUUUGACAAAAAGCUUCUAAAAGGAAAGGAUGAGAACUUGACUGGAUUUCUAGAUCCUGGGAACUUUGGAGAUAGCUUCAAAGCCAUCAACAAGGCCUACGAGGAGUACGUUUUGUCGGUAGGAAAUCUUGAUGAGCGGAUAUUUCUUGGGGACGAUGCAGAUGAAGAAAUUGGCACUUUAACAAGGUGCUUAAAUACAACUUCAGGAAUGGAAACAGCUGAACGAGUACAAGUGAAGGAUAAUUUGCAGCAGCACUUUGACAGAUCCAAAUCACUUAGGAUUACAACUCCACUUACUGGCCGCAAGUAUGUUAAAGAGAGCAACCCCUAUGUGACACCAGUUUCUGUUGCAACAUACAGUCUGAGCCGCCUUCAUACAAUGCUGGCAGGACUGAAGAAUGCCCCCAGUGAAAAUUUGGAGCAAAUACUCAGGACCUGUUCCAGAGAUCCUUCUCAGUCUAUUGCAAACAGGGUAAAAGACAUGUCUGAAGUGUACUGCCAAAGCAUGCAGGCUGAAGGAGAGUUCAGCAACUUUUCCAAAGAUGUUGUGAGUAAGCACUUCCGGUGUGCUGAGGUGCUAUACUACAAGGUCUUGGAGUCAAUCAUUGAGCAAGAAAAGAAGAGACUGGGAGACGCUGACUUAUCUGCAAUACUGGAGCAAGAUGUGUUUCACAGAUCUCUGCUGGCCUGUUGCCUUGAGAUAAUUGCUUUCACAUACAAGCCACCUGGAAACUUCCCCUUCAUCACCGAAAUAUUUGACAUUCCAGUUUAUCACUUUUAUAAAGUCAUAGAGGUUUUCAUCAGAGCAGAGGAUGGCCUUUGUCGGGAAGUAGUAAAACAUCUUAAUCAUAUUGAAGAACAGAUCUUGGAAAGCAUGGCAUGGAAGCAGGAAUCCAUACUGUGGGACAGAAUCAGAGAAAAUGAAAACAAAGUUCCUACUUGUGAAGAGGUAAUGCCACCUCAAUAUUUUGAGAGAUCAGCUGGGAACAGUGUUGUAGGUUCACCAUUGACACCAAGACGGAUAAACGAGGUUCGUGCUGAAAGUGGAGGACUCGGAAAAGGUCUCUCAUCCUCUCCAACUACCCUGUAUGACAGAUACAGUUCUCCUACAGCAAAUCCUACCAGGAGGCGACUGUUUGCUGAUAACGACAGUCCCUCUGACAGUGGAACACCAGGACGAGUUUCCCAGCAGCCUGGGGUCAGUACGGUGCCGGUUCAGAACAUGAAUCCUGAAGCCGUGUCAGUAACACCGGUGCCUGGCCAGACUCUGGUUACAGUCGCAACUGCCACCGUAACAGCCAACAACGGGCAAACUGUCACCAUACCUGUACAAGGUAUUGCCAAUGAAAAUGGAGGAAUAACUUUCUUCCCAGUCCAAGUUAAUGUAGGUGCACAGCCCCAGGCUGUCUCUGGUCCCAUUCAGCCUCUCAGUGCCCAGACUCUUGCUGGUACCCUGAACACUCAGAUGACUGGGGCAACUCUGCAGCUGCCAGGCCAGUUAACUGUUCAGCAGAUCUCUCCUGGAGAGCAGAGACAAAUGCAGCAGUUGACCACUGCCACAUCCACCAGGCCUCGGAAGAUGGGCUCACUUGCACUCUUCUUCAGAAAGGUGUAUCAUUUAGCUAGCGUCCGUCUGAGAGAUCUCUGUGUCAAGCUAGACAUAGCCGAUGAGCUGCGGAAGAAGAUCUGGACAUGUUUUGAGUACUCGUUGGUGCACUGCCCUGAAAUCAUGAUGGACAGGCACCUGGAUCAGCUGCUGAUGUGUGCCAUCUAUGUAAUGGCUAAGGUCACUAAGGAGGAUCAAUCAUUUCAGAACAUCAUGCGCUGCUACCGGACACAGCCACAAGCCAAGAGCCAUGUGUACCGGAGCGUCCUGAUCAAAGGUAGGAGACGCCGCUGCCACUCUGGCAGCAGUGACAGCAGCAGCCAACAGAGCUCACCUACGGACAGAAGCAAAGAGAUUAACAAAGAAAGGACCAGUCGAGACUCCAGCCCGGUGAUGCGUUCCAGCAGCACCCUGCCUGUGCCCCACCCCAACAGCGCACCCCCCACCCCAACCCGACUCACCGGCCCCAACAGCGACACAGAGGAGGAGGAGCGAGGCGACCUCAUACAGUUCUACAAUAACAUCUACAUCGAGCAGAUCAAGGAGUUUGCCCUGAAGUAUACUUUAAAUGCGGCUGACUCUCCUCCGCUCUCACCCUACCCCUUUGUAAGGAUCAGUUCCCCCCGCAGAGUGCAGCUGUCCCAGAAGCACCCCAUCUACAUCUCGCCACACAAAACUGAGUCUGCUCUUUCUCCACGAGAGAAGAUCUUCUAUUACUUCAGCAGCAGCCCAUCUAAGAGGCUCAAGGAAAUUAACAGCAUGGUUAGAACUGGAGAAACUCCAACAAAGAAGCGAGGCUUUCUCUUAGAAGAUGGCACUGAAGCACCAGCUAAGCGAAUCUGCCAGGAGAAUCACACAGCUCUGCUAAGACGACUGCAAGAUGUAGCAAAUGACAGAGGCUCUCACUGAGGCCCAAGGUUCAGCACAGCUAUUCCCACUCUGCUGCUCCAAAGGGUCGAGCUGCUUUGCUCAUCCCACUGCCACCAUGCCUUUGCAAGUGGCUUCAGACAGGCUCUCCUCCUCUCACCUCUGACCCUUUGUACCUGUCUGGAAGGGGCCUGAAGAGCAUCCUCCACAGUGCUGGGACCUUGAGGAUACCCUUCGAACCCUGUGACCCACCCUCACCCCAUGGUUAUGCUCAUCAUAAGGCAAGUGAUCCACCUCCAGACUUUGGCUUUGGAAAGCAGAUGAGGAGCUUUCCAGUGCUUGGAGAAGGCAUCACUACCAGCUUUGUACCUUGCAGCAGGUGUUUAACUCCCUUUGCUCUAAUCAGCAUCCUCACACUGUUUGCAGCAGUGUGUCACCACUUUAAUGUCUGGCCUACAAAGCUAUACCUGUGUCCGAAGUCAGUGCUGUGCUUGGGGAACUGUAUUCCACCCUCUCCUGCUUUUUGCAAUAGUGACCUCCACAACAAUAAUGACUCGCAAGGAAGAUUCCAGAUGGGAAGAAUCUGAAAGAAGCUGUCUGAACAGAUUUUUUCCAUAUUCAGGAUGUUUUGUGUGCCCAAUGUCAUGGGUUCAGCCACCUUGUUUUGCUUCAAUGUUUGGGCACCUUGUACAAAGGUAGAGGGUUUUGUUUAUGCAUUGUUUUAGCUGUGCAAUGUUUCCAAGUGAACUUAUGUUCCAGGGUGGCACUUUUGAUAGGGCUGUGAAGCAUCAGUUUUAAGGCAGAUUAGUUUUGCUGUAUAUUCGCAAUGGCACUUUCUAAAUGUGAAUAUUUUGUCAAAGGCUGAUUUGAGCUGGUUUUCUGUAUUGAUGCAAUUUGACUUUCGUAUUUAUUUUCAAAUUGACAUCCCAUAGCUCUCCCUCUUCAGCAAAUAGCAUUAAGAAUUCAUUCUGACUUGAUGUGUAUGCAGUAUGGAUGCAGGAAGCUUGGGAUGUUUGCUUUUUCAAGGAAUUUCAUAGGCUUGUAAUGUUUCUUCAGAUGACUUUUCUUGGGAGUCAGGAAGGGGCCACCUCACUUAGCCAUUGGAAGGACAGUGGUGUCCAUCUCUCCAAAUGUACUGUGCUUUUUGGUUUGUUUAUAAAGGACAAGGCUUGGCAGGGGCAUUACAAUGGACUGAAUCAGGCUGCCUGGGAGAAAUCUCUCCCCUACUAACAGGAUAAGGAAGUGGUGCAUAGUGGUGGUGCACAGUUUUCCUUGAAAAUAGCUGGGAAGUAUGUAUUAGGAAAGCACUGAACACAGAAAAUACCUGUACAGAGCACCAGUUCACUCCAUUUCACAACACAGCUGGGGACAGGGUGCUGUUAAUGUCAAGUGUAGCACAAUCAGAUUCCAGUUUUUAUAAAGGAAGCAAAAGUUCAAAGCUCCACAUUUUCAGUCAUUCCUGCUCCUCUGAAUAAUGGGAAAAUUUAAGACUUAAUUCCACUGUAAAAACUGAAGUAAAAUAAAAACAUCUUUCAUUCUUACCUGCGUAAUAAAAAGGCAAAAGUUGAGAAACUGUAGAUGUUCUGUAAAAAUAUUUAUAAAAAUACCCGUUCUUGUUACCGUGCACCCAGUUAUAUUACUUUGUAUGAGAAUAC